AGUCCAUGCAUAUUUAUAAAGGCACAUUGAAAGAAUUGAAAUAUUAUACUCCGUCACUGUAAGCAUUGGUAUGCAUAUAUAUAGUAAUGAAUGGAUACUGCACGGUUACUGAACAUUCAACAUUUAAAGUAUUGGAUAACUUCAUUACGAGGAUACGUGCAUUUGCUUUCUUGUUUACUCAAAGGGGAAAACAGGAAGUACCUGUAUCGGAGAUGAAAUUGAUUUUGUACAGAGCAGCGAUUUGCUCCGUUUCUAUGGUUGCCUUCUAAAGAAGAAAGGGCGUGGUUCUACAAGACGUAUCUAGAUGGUUCACUCUUUAAUCAGGUCCCCAAUAAGAUGAGACGUUGGCUUCGUUAAGGACAUAUUCGAAAUGCGCAAAUCAGGAGGAGUUUUUGCAGCGACGACGUUUUCAAAUGUUAAAAGUUAUCAAACCAAAAGAUGCCACAAGUAAACUUCCUAUACGAGUUUGUUGAGAAAAAGAUCGGCUCGGUGUUUGCCCGGUAUGGCCGUUUUGUUGCCGGCCACCCUUGGAAAGUCCUUAUUAUUGCUGUUGCGGUAAACCUCGCGCUUGGAAUAGGCAUGGUCAGAUUUCAAAUCGACAUCGACGCAGAACAUGUCUAUCUACCCCAAGAUUCUCAGUCAAAGAAGGACCAGAUUUUAAUUGAGAACACAUUUCCCGAUCUAACUGGGAGCAACUACCACCCACUAUAUGACGUGCAUUUCGACAACCGCUGGGCUCGCGUAAUUGUUCGGGCAAAAUCGGGGAACCUUCUUACUAGAACGUCUCUUGAAGCAGUCAAAGACUUUAACACCUUUUUGCAAACAAUGACUGCUACAGCCGACGAUGGAACCAUUGUCACGUACAAUGACAUAUGUGCCCGUGCGUAUGGUAUCUGUGCCGUGGAUGGCUCCAUUUUCUGGAAUAACGAAUUCCUCGCUGCCGUCGAUGCUGGCAAUGUGACAUUUCCGGUCUUUGUUUCAUCCAUAGUCGGAAACGUGUAUUACAAUUUGAAUGUAGACAAGUCUGCAACCACGGAUGCCAAUGGAUUCUUGACGCAAAUGGAGUACAUACAUCUUAACUAUGAGCUUCGUAAAGAUGCCUCUGACGAUAACGUUAUGAAAUGGAUGGAUGCUUUUGUUGAUCGCAUGGAGGCGUACAACUCCGAUAAGCUGGACAUUGCCUACGGUCACCACACGUCAAUUGAUGAAGAAUUACACAAAAAUGUUCUUGGUGAUAUCAAAUGGUUUGCUAUCACCAUCCUUCGUAUGGUCAUCUAUGCCUGUCUGGCAACGUUAUCUAUAAGGGACGUAGUGAGUCAACGAGCUAUGCUGGGGUUGGCUGGUAUAUCCGCAGCGGCUCUUGCUAUUCUUGCCAGUUUUGGACUCUGUUCGGCCAUCGGAUUGGAGUUUGUCAGUAUUGUCGGGACAGUCCCUUUUCUUAUUAUCGGCAUUGGUAUUGACGACAUGUUUUUGUUGUUAUCGGCUCUGGCGGGAGCGGAAGGGAAAGACACUGUUGAAGACAAAAUGGCGGCAACACUGCAGACCUCGUGUGUCAGCAUCACAAUUUCAUCCCUCACUGACCUUAUUGCCUUUAUGUCUGGUGUAGGGUCUAGCUUUAUAGCUGUCAGGAAUUUCUGUGCCUAUACUGGCGUCGCGGUUGUAUUCUGCUACUUAAACAACAUCACCAUUGUCGCCGCGGCUCUUUCACUCAAUGAACGACGCGUGGCAGCAAGCCGGCAUUUCUUGACGUGUAGGCGCGUUGAAACAAAACCGAGAUUAGAGGGCAAAGGAAAAUCAAGGCCCUACAUCAUUUGCUGUAGUGGUUCCCCACCCAGUAAUAGAGAAGAGGCAGAAAGUCUUCUUGACAAAUUUCCGAGGUGGUUGUUUCCAAAGAUUGUGCUAAAGUUACCGUUUAAAAUCUUAAUAAUUUUGCUAUUUCUUGGAUAUCUGGCAGCAGGAAUUUACGGAUGUGUCUAUCUAAAACAGGGACUGGAAUUUACCCAAUUGGUUCAGGAGGAUUCAUAUUUCUUUAAAUAUUCGGAUUUACUCCAAACAAAGUUUAAACGUCAAUAUCCAAUAUCGUUUUUGACAACUCAAACUUAUACAUACACUGAUCCGAAUACAAAGGCAUUAAUAGAUGAUGUUUUAAGCACAGCCAAAGCGAAUGACUAUUUUGACGACUCCUUUGAAUCCAACUGGCUUACAGUUUACAUGGCAAGUGCGUAUUAUGAUGGAACAAGCGAAACAAACUUUAUAAACGGUUUCAGAAGCUUUAUUACUGACCCUAAGUUUGUUCGGUACGAAAACGACGUUGUUAUUGAUUCAAGUGGAACGAAAAUAACUGCGUCAAGAUAUUUCGUUUUAUCAAGGGUUCUUGUGGACAGCCAAGAAGAAGGCAAAAUGAUGCUUAAAGCGCGAGAAAUAGCCAAAAAUGCUGAGAUAAACUGUCUAGCAUUCUCACCAUACUUUGAUGUUUUUGAACAGUAUGUAAGUGUUCUUGGCCAGACCCUACAGUCCGUGGGUAUAGCAUUAGCUGCAGUGUUUAUUGUGACAUGUUUACUUAUGCCUCAUCCAGUUCUGAUUAUAUUUGUAACCGUUGCUGUAACAAUGAUAAUGGUUGGGGUGUUUGGCUAUAUGCUUUAUGUUGAUAUAGCACUUAGUGCCAUCACUAUGGUACAACUAAUCAUGUGUAUUGGUUUCUCUAUAGACUUCACAGCACAUAUAUGUCACGGUUAUAUAGUAGCUCCAGGAGUUGACAAAAAUCUUAGAGUGGAACAAGCUAUAGACGAAGUCGGUGCUCCAAUAUUCCAUGGGGCGGUUUCAUCAUUAUGUGGAGUAGUUAUACUUUUUGCCGCCACAUCCUAUAUAUUUAAAACGUUUGCAACAAUCAUGUGUUUCGUUCUCCUUUUUGGAAUCGCGCAUGCUCUUUUAUUACUUCCGGUAGUAUUAACUUGGGUGGGGCCUGGUCAUCUAAAGAUGAAACGUGAGUUAACGCCGCAAAAUUCUCACCGGAACUUGGGAACGUCUGGGCACAGUGUUGUAAGCAACGGAGACGCUUUCAUGAAUAACCAAGCAUCGCAUAACGAGGCAUUAAGAAGCCCAAAGAAGUCAAGCGUCGCACCAAUGAAUGAAGACGUGAUGGGAUUUAAAGAGCACAGUGCGAACUAUGAUCUGGAUUGUAAGGCAGAUGGAGAAUGCAGCUGGAAAAAGUCAAAAGCAUCUUGACGAAACUCUUGUUUGCUUAUAUGUUGGGCUUUCAUGCAUUGUUUGAAUACUGUGAGGGUUACAAGUGUAAACGUACAAAGUUGGACAUUUGACAAGUAUGUGCGAAUAGUGUUUUGCAUUGCAUUAUUGUUAGAAGUGCGAACACUAUGACGUGUUUUGCGCACGCACAAAUUGUAUUGUUUCGAUGAAAUAUGUGCAUCCCCUUUCUGUAUCACAAUAAGUCCUUGUAUGUAUAUAAUACUUGUAAGUACAAUGUGUAUUCCUAUAGAGGGCUGUUUCAAGUUGAGAGUUGUUUUUCAACGAACUCGUUCGCGUUUUAUAGGGUUAAACUAAAACAAACCAUGUGCUAUGUAUGAUAAAUUCAUGUUACCAUGAUAAUAUCGGCAACAGUUAAAAACAGAGCUCUUUUAUAAACAUUUAUCAAAAAAUGAGACUGAAAAUGUUAGUUAGGCUAUAGAACAUUGAAAUAUUUUAAGCUAAUUGGAUUUAAAAAAAAAACUCUUCUAAUGAGUAUCAGCCAGUUCUAGAUUUGUAUGUGUUCAUAAAAGUAUAAAAAGCACACUUAUAUUUAACAAAGUAAAAUCAAGACAAUGAACGCGGUGAUUGCGAAGGGGUUUUCAAACUUAUAUAGACUGUCAAGCCACUACAAGUCCUUCCUGCUGCACCCUUCUUUUUAACCUGGCUUAAAGUGACAGGUGGUGUACAUUUAAUUGAAAACUUGAAGUGAAACAAGCACAGAAGCCAAAAGUUUAAACAUAAACACCGUUUAAUGGCACAGGAUAAACGCCAAGGACAUAGAACACAAAAACAAAAUAUCAAAAACAAGAAACUUGGAAGAACAACACAAAACUCCACAAACAAGACAAGGCAUAUAUACUAUAUAAACAACUAUGUAUGUUCGUUUUGAUAGGGGUCAGUGUUGCUCCAAUAGUUUCUUUCUGUGAAAGCCAAAAAUAAUCUGCUUUUUGUUUAAGCUAUUUUCAAUAAUUUCGUAAAACUGUA